ACGUGUGAUAAGAGCAGCACUCUGAGACAGUGCACGCGCAGCGCAAACUCGGAUGCACCAGCAUCAUUAAUAAGGUUAAGAGCUCUGAAAUGGGGGAUUGAGCGGGUGGGUUGGGAUUACUGGGCUGUAACAGAAAUUAGUAAAGGUCAAAGCCGGCACAGAAUGAAAAAUGUUCACCAAAAAGAGAAGAGAGCUGAUAAAAACGCACUCCGUGUCAAAGAAGAGCAGGACCGGAAACUCGUCUUCUCACGGUUCGCCAGCACUGUCUAUUCUCCAGGAGCAGCCUCGGAAAGAUGGCUCGGAUGCUAGUUCUUCCUCUUCAUCUGCGUCCUUCUCCGCCGCUGCAAGUCUUUGUUCAACCGCUGUGGAAGGCCAGAGCUGCCCGGGUACUCCGUGUGCCCCACAUGGAAAACUGGUGGGUUGUCCGUCACCGGCAGGCACACUGAAGAGGCCUACAGCUCUGAGUCGCAAUGCCAGCGCUGCGGGCUUCCCGAUCCAGUCCUGGGUGUUCAGUAAGGGCCAAGGCCGGGCUGCUAUCGCCCAUAGCCCUCAGAGCGAGGCAGUGGAAAUGCCGGCAGUUAUCGAGGUCGAGGACAUUCCCCCACUGCUGCGUGCUGUAGCUCGUUUUGCUGAGGCGGUGGAGAAACUCAAAGAUGUAGUUCUGGAAGACAAACAGGAGAACCGCCGUCCAUUGGCCCACGAGUGUCUGGGCGAGGUGCUGCGGAUCCUGCGUCAAAUCAUCAACAUGUACCCGCUCCUCAACACGGUGGAGACUCUCACCGCUGCCGGGAAGCUCAUCUCCCAGGUCAAAGGCUUUCAUUAUGAAGUCUGCAAUGAAACAGAUAAAAAGGACUUUGAGAAAGCCAUCGAGACCAUUGCAGUAGCUUUCAGCAACAAUGUCUCGGAGCUGUUAAUGGGAGAGGUUGACAGCAGCACUCUUUUAUCAGUACUGCCCACGGAGAAGAGCAAGUCUAUGGAGAACUUGUACAGAAUCUCUGGUAUGGAGACUUCACACGACUCUACUGAAUUAGUGAUGAGAGCUGAGGAGGUCGACAUCCUUCUGCAGCGUAGUGAAGGUGGAGUUGACUCUGCACUGACCUAUGCUAAGUCCAUCUCCAAGUACAUAAAGGACCUGAUUGGCUAUGUGGAGAAACGCAUCUCUUUUGAGGUGGAGUUUUCCAAAGGCCUCCAAAGGCUUUAUCAGGCAUGCAAACAAACAAUCACACAGCCACACAUGCCUUUCUUCUCAAUAUAUUCCCUGGCAUUGGAGCAGGACCUGGAGCAGAGUUCAGGAAUACAUCAGGCUGCAAACACCCUGUACAACCAGACCUUCAUACAGCCUUUGAUGCAGCGAAAGCAGGAGCAUGAGAAGAAACGAAAAGAGCUGAAAGAACAGUGGCUCAAAGCAAAGAGAAAGCUGUUGGAGUCCGAGGCUAACUUGCGGCGGGCUAAGCAGGUCUACAUCGCCCGCUGUGAGGAAUAUGAGAAGGCCAAGAUGGCAGCUAGCAGAGCAGAGGAGGAGGGCAGCAGCUCCACUGCCAAAGCAGUGGAUAAGAAAAAGCGACUAGAGGAGGAGGCUCGUAAUAAGGCUGAAGAAGCGGAGGCCACAUACCGCGUGUGUGUUGCUGACGCCACACAGCAGCAGCAGGAGCUGGAGCACACAAAGGUUACAGUGUUGAGACAGAUCCAGGAGGUCAUCAAGCAGAGUGACCAGACCCUCCGCUCUGCCACUAUUUCCUACUAUCAGAUCAUGCACAUGCAGACAGUGGGGCUGCCUGUGCACUACCAGACGCUGUGUGAGAGCAGUAAGCUGUACGAUCCAGGACAGCAGUACGCCACCCAUGUCAAAGAGCUGCAAAUGAGCGAGGAACCGGAGGUCCAUUACACCUUCGAGCCCUACUGUGCCUCCAGCAGCCAGCCGGCAGCCAGAGUGCGCAGUGACAGCGCCAACACAGAGGCACACACGAGCAGCUCUGAAGGGACCGUCACAGCCGGAGAGACGGCCGAUCCUGCUCAUAAAGAGGAGCAGAGGAAAGCACGUGGUCACAUGACUCACAAAUUGUGGGGCUCCACAGUGAGUGACACAGACAGCGUUGUCGGAGGAAAUGACCUUGGGUCCCCUACUAACAGUGCAGGUGACAUCAGUAAAAUCGCCAGAACAUCGUCCACAGGAACCAUUUCAUCAAACGAGGACACUGAUGAAAAAGAUGGGGCCAUGGCCAACUUUGAACCUUCUAAUAUUAAUGGCAUCGAGCCUGAAAUCGUGGUGCCGACUGGGCCGUUUAAAAGCGUGGGCCUAUCCAAAGCUGCACAAACCCACCGCCUGCGUAAACUUCGCUCUCCAGCAAAAUGCCGGCAAUGUGACAGUUAUGUGUACUUCCAGGGAGCAGAAUGUGAGGAGUGUUUCCUGGCUUGCCAUAAACGCUGUUUGGAGACUCUGGCAAUCCAGUGUGGACAUAAGAAACUGCAGGGCCGCCUCCAGCUCUUUGGACAGGAGUUUUCUCAGGUGUCCAACAGCAGCUCUGACGGAAUUCCUUUCAUCAUCAAAAAGUGCACAUGUGAGAUUGAAAGGAGAGCGCUUAGGAUGAAGGGAAUUUACCGUGUGAACGGGGUGAAAACCAGGGUGGAGAAAUUGUGCCAGGCUUUUGAAAAUGGCAAGGAGCUUGUGGAGCUGUCUCAAUCCUCUCCACAUGACAUCAGCAACGUGCUCAAGCUCUACUUGAGACAGCUUCCAGAGCCCAUCAUGCCUUUCCGCCUGUAUAACAGUCUAAUGGGCCUGGCAAAGGAAAGCCUGGCCUUGGUGGGACCUGAGGGGGCAGAGGCUGGGAAAGGACCUGAUCUAGUUGAUCUGGGCCCAGAGACAGACCCUGAACUUCUGAAACUGGUACACAAACUAAAGGAGCUCCUCACUGAGCUGCCCAAAGCGAGCAUGACCACACUGCGCUACAUAGCACGCCAUCUCCGCAGGAUUGCUGAGCUGGAAGAGGACAAUAAGAUGAGCCCCAGUAAUCUGGGCAUUGUGUUUGGGCCAUCACUGAUGCGGCCCCGGCCUUCAGGGGCCACAGUGUCCCUAUCUUCUCUGGUGGAUUACCCUUAUCAGGCCCGCAUUGUGGAAACACUCAUUGUGUUUUACUCCACUGUCUUCCCUUCCGAGUCAAAUCGCACAAGCAGUGUCUGUACAGUCCAUUUACCAUCACUGCAGCAGGACAGCAGUAUCGACGGGGAGGACUCGGGUACAAAUGAUGAUGAAGCAGAUCGCACUGAAGAACACGGAGGAACCGAGGCAGACAAGACAAAUGAGGAACUAGAGGGCUCCAUAGGCACACUGGGAUCCAUGGAGCCGAGUCUUGAUUCUGACUCAGAGCUGGAGGAGGAAGGAGGUGGGACUGAAGAACAGCCACUCUCCCCUGUCAGUAAUGAGGAUCCUGAAGUAACCCCUCCCACAGCAGAGGUCCAGAAUCACUCAGGUUCAGACAGCGAACCUCCUGCAUUGCCUGAGAGUGAGCCUCCUGAACUCGAGAGUCCAGACGAACUACCAACGAGCUCAUUCGCACAGCUCAACAUCAACCAGCCUGACAAUAAUUAGCCACAGUGUUAAUCAGCAGGAGACAGUGUCUGGGUAUAAGACUAAGCUCUUGAUUUAAAGAGACUUGUUUCCACUGCAGGGACCUUUUUUUCAGGAACUCGGGAACUUUAAGCAUGUUUCCACCGCCUUAGUGUCAGUAAUCUGCUUCCGAGUCUGUACUUUUCUGCAGACCAGGAACUUUACAAGAUGUCUGAUAUUAUUACAGCUUAAUAUUAUUACAGUUUAGCUAACAAGCUUGUUUUAUACCAGAUGCAAUGCAGGACGACAGGCACAUUUCCUUAAUGCUUUGUUUUCACACAUCUGGCAAGUCCAAAAUAUCGUGGCUUCUUUGUAGUUACAAAACAGGCUUGAAAUUGAAAUUGCACUUUGUGCCUGCUUUACUGCUGCUGGUUUGAAACUCUAAUAUUAAUCCUGCAUUCACACUGGCAGUGAGGCGGCAUGACAAAACAGCAUGAAGCUGAUUUACCGUGACAGGAAAUGAAGCAGUUCUAACACAAUGCAAGAAGGUGAUCAACAUGAAAAUGGAUAUAAAAUUUUUUAAAAGCAAAUCAGAAGCAAAAAUAAUGUGUGUAAGAAAUUGUGGCACACCCUCAAACCAAACCUUUAUCCUGUGUGCCUACAGCCUUGUGUUUGAUGCACCAACAUAAAGAAAAAUCCACCCUAUCUGUAUGUUUAGUGAUUCCGGUGCUUAUCUGUUGGCUGGGGCUCUGAUGGUGUUUCAUAAGCAAAACAUAGAACAAUCUCAAACACAGCGAUACCAAAGUAUUUUUUCUCAUUAUGCCACAUAUUUGCCAUUAUCUGCCAAUAAUGAAAGCAAGGCAGCGAUAUGACACUGAGUUACAGCUGAGACUCAACUCAACUAGUUAGUGGUCUACAAGAUAACAAGAACAAUAGUGUUCCCAGAGCUGAUGUAUGUAUGAACAGAGUGCACCAGUAAACAAGAAGAAUGAGCUGGACAGACUAACACAAUGCUGCAUCACUCUGUUUAAAUAGAGAUGAAGCAAGGGCUAAUUCCCCCUAGCCCCAUUAUCUGCAGGUAGUUGCUCAGCAGUUGUGCAAAUGUAGGAAAUAGUGAUUAUUUGGAUUAUAAAUAAUGAUAUGCAAAUGAUUCAGGGUGGAUUUUUGUACUGUCAGAGAAACAAACAUUAAGGUUCGUUCUGCUACUAGUAGACACAGCAUGCAUGAUAUUCUUACUCAACUGUUUCCCUUCAUCGUUUUUAUUUUAAUUGUUAAUUAUUUUAGUUAAAUUGACCUUAUGGUUUGUUCAGCUUAUGUUUCAGAGCUGGGUAUGUAGUUUGUGCUGUCAGACUGUGCCAGAUAGAUGGUAUCAGGAAACCUAUCAGUAACCAACAUAGCUACAUGACGCUAAAAUCUUGCUGCCAGUAUGAAUGCGGUGUAAAUAUUUAAUAGUUUAGUUGAAAAGUCUUUACCGUGGUAUAUCAUUUGCUCUUGUUGUUAACAGUCAUGGUCCUGCACUGAGCCAGAAGCGUACUUUUUCAGAAGCAGGCCCUGGAUGCGCUGGAUGAAAACGUGCCUAAGCUGGGCCAAAUUAUAUGGGUUCAUUUUUCUUUUUCCACGGAAAUAGUGCAGUGUUAAGAUAAUAAA